AAUGCAAUUUGCACAUUCCCUUUUUUUUUUUUAAUUAUUUUUCUGCUUUUUUACCAAGUCAACCCCAGCUCUAUUUAAUACUUCAAAAUCCCGAUUUUUUCUGUUUCUUUUUCUUUUUGCUUCUUUUAUUCUGAAAAUUCAAAGUCUUUGCUAUGCUCGGCUACACGUUUUGCAGGCCCAUAUCUUUAUUUACUCUGGGAAACAAGGGAUAAGUUUUGUUUCUUAUUUUAGAUUCUUACUCAUCUGGGAUUGGGCAGUUCUUGUUGUUCAUUUCUCAUUUAAACUCUUGUUCAAGUUUUAUAGUGGAUUUCUUUGGUUGGUUGUUCGGUUUGGCUGCUGAAAGGCACUGCUUUGGAUUUCUUGAUCUGGUAUUGUUUGUUAGUUUAUUCACCGUAAGUCUCUGUAACUUGUUCAAGUCUCUUACAUUCUGAGCAAAACCGAUAUAUAUUUCCCAUUUAGUGCUGAAAAUCACAAGCAUGGCCCACUUAUCUUACUCCGACUCAAUCUCUGGCGGGUCCCACCACGGCCAAGGCGUUCAGUUCGUGCCCAUCAAGACCUCGGCAGGCUCACUCCAAAUUCUACUGCUGCACGGAAAUCUAGACAUCUGGGUCAAGGAGGCCAAAAACCUCCCAAACAUGGAUUUAUUCCACAAGAACUUAGGCGAAAUGUUCGGGAAGCUCUUCAGCAAAACAGAACGGAUAACUCCCGGCAGCAAAGUCACGAGCGACCCUUAUGUCACGAUUUCCGUGUCGAACGCUGUUUUGGGCCGAACCUUUGUGAUCAGCAACAGCGAAAACCCUGUUUGGGCCCAGCACUUUCAUGUCCCGGUUGCCCAUUAUGGCUCGGAGGUUCAUUUCGUGGUCAAAGACAGUGAUAUUGUGGGGUCUCAGAUCAUGGGGGCUGUUGGAAUUCCAGUCGAGCAGAUUAUUUCCGGCUCGAAAAUCGAGGGCACGUACCCGAUUCUUGGCCCGAAUGGAAAACCGUGCAAUAAAGGGGCUGUCUUGAGUAUUUCUAUUCAGUAUAUACCGAUGAAUAGUGUUAAUCUAUAUCGCGGUUUGUCGGGGGGAGUGCCCGGGACUUACUUUCCUAUGCGGAGAGGGGGGAAAGUCACGCUUUAUCAAGACGCGCAUAUUUACGAUGGUUUGCUUCCGAAUUUGUGGUUAGCUAAUGGGAGAGUGUAUGAGCAUGGAAAAUGCUGGCGUGAUAUUUACGAUGCGAUUAGUGAGGCUCGGAAGUUGGUUUAUAUCACGGGUUGGUCGGUUUAUCACUUGGUUCGGCUGGUGAGAGAUGAUGAGCCUAGCAUUGGGGAAAGUAGGUUGGGGGAGCUUUUGAAGGUGAAGUCUCAAGAGGGUGUUCGCGUGCUGCUUUUGGUUUGGGAUGACCCGACUUCUAGGAGCAUAUUGGGAUUAAAAACCGAAGGCGUAAUGAAUACAGGUGAUGAGGCAACUCGCCGAUUUUUCAAACAUUCAUCUGUCCAGGUGUUAUUGUGUCCACGCUCUGCUGGCAAAGGCAGCUGGGUCAAGAAGCAGGAAACUGGAACAAUCUAUACUCAUCAUCAGAAAAGUGUGAUAGUAGAUGCAGAUGCCGGCAAUUUUAGGAGAAAGAUUGUCGCGUUUGUCGGGGGCCUUGACCUGUGUGUGGGAAGAUAUGAUACCCCAAAGCACUCGAUUUUCAGCACAUUAGAAACCGUUCACAAGGAUGAUUUUCAUAAUCCUAAUUUCACGGGGCCCACGCCCAUCGAUGGUUGUCCAAGAGAGCCAUGGCAUGAUUUGCACUGUAAAAUAGAUGGUCCAGCUGCAUAUGAUGUCCUGACAAAUUUUGAAGAGCGUUGGUUAAAGACCUCAAAACGACACGGACUUCAGAAAAUGAAAGCCUCGUACGAUGAUUCUUUACUCAGGCUCGAAAGAAUCCCUGAAGUGAUGGGAUUAGCUGAAGUUGCUGCCCAUGGAGAAGGCGAUCCAGAGGGUUGGCAUGUUCAGGUUUUCCGCUCGAUCGACUCAAAUUCUGUCAAAGGCUUCCCGAAGGAUUCAAGAGAGGCUCCAAACAGGAAUCUUGUAUGUGGGAAAAAUGUUCUAAUAGACAUGAGUAUACAUACUGCAUAUGUAAAGGCCAUUCGGGCAGCACAACAUUUCAUUUACAUUGAAAACCAGUACUUCCUCGGGUCGUCAUUCAACUGGUCUAAUUAUCGGGAUUUGGGUGCAAACAAUUUAAUACCAAUGGAAAUUGCACUUAAAAUUGCGUCUAAAAUUAGAGCAAGGGAAAGGUUCUCUGUAUACAUUGUUAUUCCUAUGUGGCCAGAGGGAGCCCCGACCAGUACUCCUACUCAAAGAAUACUCUUUUGGCAGUACAACACAAUGCAAAUGAUGUACGAGACGAUCUACAAGGCUUUGCAGGAAAUGGGGCUAGAAAACGAGUAUGAACCGAGCGAUUACUUAAAUUUCUUUUGUCUCGGUAAUCGCGAAACUGAAGGCGGCAUAAGCAAGCCCGAACUGAAAGGCCCGGCUGGAAACACUCCCCAAGCACUCACUCGGAAAAACAGGCGCUUCAUGAUCUACGUACACUCAAAGGGAAUGAUAGUUGACGAUGAGUUUGUCAUAUUGGGCUCGGCUAACAUAAACCAACGAUCUCUAGAAGGGACGAGGGACACCGAAAUUGCCAUGGGUGCAUAUCAGCCUCAUUACACGUGGGCUACAAGGCACGCUAAUCCACACGGACAGAUUUACGGAUACAGAAUGUCUCUGUGGUAUGAGCACACGGGCACUUUGGAAAAAUGUUUCGAGCAUCCGGAGAGUUUGGAGUGCGUGAGACGAGUGAGGUGGAUGGGUGAGUUGAACUGGAAACAGUUUGCGGCUGAAGAGAUAACCGAAAUGCGGGGCCACCUAUUGAAGUACCCGGUGGAAGUUGACCGAACAGGAAAGGUGAGGUCUUUGCCGGGCUGCGAGACUUUUCCGGACAUGGGAGGGAAGAUAAUCGGGACGUUUAUCGGCAUCCAAGAGAAUCUCACUAUUUGAUCGAUAAAUCGGUAAUGUGUGUGUAUGUGUGUGUUUGUGCAAAAGGUUCUUUCUUCUUCUUUUCUUUUCUUUACUUAAAUUGGAUAUUAUGAUUCAGAAUUUUGGGAUCACACCCUUCAUAUCCUCAAUUUUAGAUACUCUUUUAGAGUGUGCUUGAUGAAUAAUGAUCUGUUGUGAGUUUUUGUGAGUUGUGACCAUACAAUUGUUUUUCUCUCUUAUGUUUAUUUGGUUGUAAAAUGCUUAGUUCUCACAUCUGCAAGUUGAGAGUAAGGAUAUGCCUAUCGCUUCUGAUUCUUUCGAAUCCUCUUAACUUCAUCACGAAAAUCGCGAGGUAUGUAAAAGUGGUGGAAGUACCAAACUACACGACAAUAUUAGAUGAGCGGCUUCCAAUAUCCAUUUGAGACGGCAAAAAACAAAACCUCACUGGAAUAUGGAACUUCACGAAUCCGGGGGAUUCGUAAGCUACAAUCAGAUUCUAGAGAUUUAUCGGUAUAUCGGUGAUUGUUGUUGCUCCAAAGAGCAACGAUGAGUUGAUGCCAGAAAAAACUCGAAUGGGAAUUUCUCAUUAAGUAUGCAUUCGAGUCGAAUUGGAAGAGCUGGAUGAGUUUGCCUGAGAAUGAUAGAGGUUUGGAGGGAGAAAGAAGUGAUAGGAAAAGGAAUGGAUAAAAAAGUAAAAGAAUUAAUCAAAUUUGUUGAGAGUGGGAUUUGAACCCACGCCCUUUCGGACCAGAACCUUAAUCUGGCGCCUUAGACCAACUCGGCCAUCUCAACAUUGUUGAGAGGAUAGGCAUCAAAUUUUGAAUAUAAGUAAAUAAUAUAAAAAGUUCGAAUACGACGGUUUAAACAAUGAAGAAUGAGUCGUAGAACAAUAUAGAGAAGUAGCCACAUGAUUUUUGGAACAAUCAAUUAAGAUUGUUUUUGUUGUAUUCAAUAAUUUUUGUUAUAAAUAGACGGUUUGUUUACUUCAUCAACCAUAAAGGAGUCUGACUUAUUGCAAAACAGCUCUCGUGUGAUCCCGAAACAAAAAAUAAAUAAAUGUUUGCAUUUUUUGAUAGGCAAUAUCGGUG